AUGGCAGAAGUGAACAUCGAGGAAUCGACUCUGAACUCUGUGAAUGGCAAAGUGGUGGUCCUUGCAGGUGGUGCCCAAGGGAUUGGCGCGGCAACAGUGACACAACUAUACCAAGCGGGCGCUCAUGUGUUCUUUGGCGAUUGGGACGACACCAAGGGUUCGAGAGUAGCAGAUGAACUUCGGGCCUCACCCUCGGAAGGAAGCGUGACGUACCUCAAGGUCAACGUGCGGGAUUAUCAGUCGCUUCUCUCCUUGUUCGACACCGCCUACAACAAUCACGGACAGAUUGAUAUCGCGAUAUGCUGCGCAGCGGUGACAGAGCGACCGGGAUAUUGGGAACCAGAGAAGCUGGACCUCCAGAGCGUGAGGGAGACACCUACAGGCAUCGCCGAGGUGGUCGACAUCAACCUCAACGGCACGUUAUAUUUUGCCCGCCUCGCCGUGGCGUACCUCAAGGAAAAACAUACCUUUGACAAAGAGUCAACAACAGCCAAGUCCAUCACGUCGUCGAAAUGCAUCACGCUCGUCUCGUCGGUGGCAGGAUUCAAAGAGUCGCCCGGUCUAUUCGCCUAUUCGGCAGCGAAACAUGGCGUGCUGGGUCUGAUGAGAGCUCUGCGGCCAUUCACGGCACCGUUGUAUGGAUUGAGGAUCAACGCUAUUUGCCCAUGGGCAACCGACACCCAACUCCUCGCCGGGGUGCGCGCCGAAUGGGCCAAGAACUCGAUGCCGAUGAACCAGCCCCUCGACGUGGCAAAGUACAUCAUCCAGGUCAGCGCGGAACCCAACACGCACGGCAAAGCCCUGUUUGUGACGGGCGGCAAGGCCGUCGACAUCGAGGAAGGCAUCAAAAAGACCGAGCCCGUGUGGUUGGGGGAGAAGAACUCGCGCGAGUUGGCCCAGGGGCAGGCCAUUCUGGGCUUGGGCAUGGAUUGGGGCCACAAGAAGCCAAAAGGCCACGAGGGUGUGAACGGGACUUCGACAUGA